AUGGAAUCGCAUAGCCUCAUAAGCCUCUUGGUGUUGGGAUUUUGCGCCACGAUCGGCGCCUCGUUACUGAAUUGCAGCUGUCCACCUGGCCCUCGGGGACCGCCUGGUCCGCCAGGACCUAUGGGUCCUCCAGGUGUUAGUAGACCUUCCUCUGGCAUAUGGGGAUAUCCUCCUCCUGUGCCAGGGCCCUAUGGUGGUCCUAUGGUCGGUCCAGUUACACCCGUCAUGGGUCCUAGGGGCCUCCCUGGACCACCAGGACCACCGGGCUACUGCUUCCCCUGUCCAUAUAGUCCGUAUGGACCUCCAUUAGGUCCUGGCGGUGGACCACCAUUAGGUCCAGGGUUUGGAGCUGGUGGUGGACCACCAUUGGGUCCUGGAUUUGGAGCUGGCGCCAUCGGUAAUCUCAUUAUCAUACCAUCUGUUCAGAAUGGUAGUGCCCAGCUGUUCAGAAUCACACCCGAGGGGCAAUUGGUGCGGAUAGAGAACUCCAGGAGCGAGCUGAGCGAGAUUCUCCCUGCCGAUUUCCAAGAUCAACUGGCGCAACAAGGUGCAAUAGCCACAGCCGACCCAAUGUCAGUGAUCACACCACCAACUCCCAAUGAGCACCCCGAAACAGGAGGAUUUGAUGAGGCAAUGUUUGCAGCUGCAGCUAGAAAGAAUGAUGAGCGCAAGGAAGCUGUACGAGCCAGCUCCGAAGCCGCCGACUGGCGUCGGGUCCUUCUGGGCGAGACACCCGUAGCUAGCGCAGCCAAAAGUGAGCCAAGCUCCACCAACCAGCUGGAGAGCAGCAUGGAUAGCUUUCAGCGUGCCUUGGUCGAUCUGAGAGACAAGUACUCCUCCCUGAUACAGCCGAAGUCGAGUGAUCAGCGCUAUGCCGCAAUUGUCUAGACUAUAUGACUUAUGCCUAAAGACCUCCAUUAUAAUAAAUAAGACAAGCACUGAUAAUUGUUGAG